AUGGCUUUUACUGUGGAAAAUGAAGAGAAACUGGAAGUUGUUGGUGGUCCCGAAGAAAUCGACCCAGUUGCAUCUCCUUCUAAGAAAUUUUGGGAAAUUUGUAGGAAAUUAAUAGAAUUGUUCAUGUUAACCUACAUUUUUCAAGCCAAACUAGUAGAUCGUUGGAUGAAUCGCAUCAUUAAUAACUAUACUGAUUGCACGAAACGGCUCUUGGACGAUAAAAUUACUUUAACCGUACCGGACGUCACAGGGUGCUACGUCUUGUAUGGAAUCGGAUUGGCGGUUUCUUCUUUAACACUGGCAGCAGAAAUUUAUAAAACUUUUGCUGAUUGCAUAAAGAAGUUCUUUGUUGAUAAUGAGCUUGAUGGUCAAAAUAUUGCUGCAGAGGAUGCCCCACAGACUCCUCCUAAAACUUCUCCGUUUCCUGUGAAGUCUCCACAGUAUUUACCUCUCCCCAACAGACCUCUUCAGCAACCAGAGCCUUCUGCUGCAGUGGCAGCCGUGACUGUCACAGCCAGUGCCGCCAAUCCUGCAACUGUUCUAGCCUCCAGCCACCUUGGUUCUUCGAACCCUGUAUCACUGCCUUCUUCCACUUCUCCUGCAGGUGGAGUACCCUUCCCCACAUCGCUGCUAAGCCAAGAAUUCCCCGUCUCACCAACAGCCUCAACUACAUCUGCCUCAAAAACAGUCAGUCCAGUCUUGGGAGCGAAGAGCUAUGACAGUGCUGUGAAACCCCAUCGAGGAUCCAACAGCGACGUGGUUCAUUCCCUUGCAUUCCCUAUAUGUUCUUCCUAUUCCGAUUACACUGUCAAUUACGCAACAAGUCAAUAUUCGAACAACAAACAUUCAUAUCAUAAUCCGGAACACCGUGAUAGCAGUCAAAGAGUACAGUACCAAAAACUGACACAGAGUUCUUACUAUCACAACAGUCAGCAACCUGUGUUGGACAAAUAUUCUGCUUCCAAAGAUUCUAUUCCACGAACAAGUUCCAAGGAAGUUAUUGCCUGUGAUGGAUACAAAACUGAAAGUUUUGUAGACAACCGUUACGAGAACAAAUCUGGAGUUGGGAAUAUAAAUUAUUGUGUAAACCAAGCUUACGCUAAUGAAAAAGUUCUUGAGGAAUCGUCCGGGUAUAAAGUGCAAAGUGAAAAUAAUGUUUAUCCUAAUUAUGGAGCUUCAAACUCUGUGAAACAAAAACAAACACAAAAUCUUGAGCCUGUUAAACAAGUGUCGCCAGAUCACGUUCCAAAUCUUUCUUCGGAAUCAAGUUCAAGCAUUCAACCACCUGUUACGGAAGGGAAUAAUUACCAUCCUCCACUCGUUUCGAAGGAUAAAACAACAUUUUACCCUUACGACACGCCUCAUUUUGUGCCACACAGGACAACCCCGCCGUUGCCUGCCUCAAAAUCCGAAUCAUCAUUCGAUUCACUCAGUUUUCCAUCAAAGGAACAAGAUAGCUUAAGGUACUCAUCUACAACCACUGCCAUAUCACAGAGACCUACCACAUCAUCCCCAAUCACUAUUUUCGACAACUCUAAAAGUUCUGUGAAAACACUUUGGAGUCCUUCUGCCACAACAUCCGUGUCAGUUGCCCCAAGUAGAGAACUGAUUGCUGCAUCUAGUCGGGAUAGUCACAGCUCUCACAGCAACAGCAGCAUAUCUAGUUUAAGUCAACUAAGUCAAUCUUUGGGUCCUGGUGUUCAAGGAUCCGCGCAAUCUACGAAAGAGUACUCUCGAGAGGGACGAAGUAGCAGUCGAAGCAGUUCUAGAAAUGAGACUCCUGUCUGCUGUGCAGCCCCUGUAGCCUCAACCAACUCGACCAGUGCUGUUUUUUCUUCUUCUUCGGGUUCCUAUGGUGUGUCGGGAAGUUUAACGAGUCUAAUCUUCUCGAAACCAUCGUGGGCAAGUCCGAGCGUGACCAGCGUCCUUUCGAACCCCGGCACCUCCUCUCACUUCGCUGGCCCCAGCAGGGGCUCUCCAGUGCCGAGCGUCCUCCCCCUGGGCCCCUCGCUGCCCGGAAGCGCGCCCUUCAGCCCCGCGGCGCCCCCGCUCCACUCUGCCGCCCACCACGUGAUGUUCGCACCCCCACUGCCUCCUGCUGGAACUCUGUCGUCGCCCCUGGCCGCUGCUCAAGGACCUUCGCCUUUCGGAGAUCAAGAUCUUCUGCGUCGAGAGCUGGACACCCGGUUCCUCGCUUCCCAAGACCGUUCGAUCAACGUGCCUCCUCCUCCGUAUCUGCGUGCUGAGUUACAUCAGCAUCAACAUCAGCACACACACAUGCAUCAGCACAGUCCAUUUCUUCCUCCUCCAAUGGGAAGUUCCCUGCUUCCACCGUCAGCUGCCCACUUGUAUGACAAAUUUCCAAAGGUGGAUGCUGGUUUUUAUGGAAGGAAUGCCUUGAGUUUACCAACGUAUCCCUCUUUGUCGCCACUCUUGGCGCCAGGUUCUGCUACAGCAACGCCAACUCCAUUUGCACCACCUGGUUCCCUGGCUGCAUUUCAACCCAAAAUUUCUCCUCUAGUGAAAGCAAAGACUAUGAAACCUGGUCGGUGGUGUGCCAUGCAUGUAAGGAUAUCUUGGGAAAUCUAUCACCAUCAACAGAAGCAACAAGCUGAAUCCCAGAAAGGUGGAUCCACCAAAUCGGUUACAGAUCUGCUUCGGCAUCCAAAUCAUCUGUUUGGCUCCAUACCUCGGCCGCACGAAUUGGGCUUCUCAUCUCCUCUCUUAGGAUCUGCUGCCUCUCUGCACGGCCGAUCACCGUACGAUGUUGCUCCACAACACCCCAGCUUUUUAAGUCCUACCCCAGCCCAUUUAGGCAUGACGCCAUUUGCCCGUCCAACUUACCCUGGCUUGGGUGUUCCAGGAAAUAGCUUUGGUGGAUUAGGAAGUCUAGCUGGUCUAACUGGAGCAGGCAUGCUGACGGCGCGAGACCUGGGUCCAGGUUACCUUAGCAUGGGUCAAGAUCCAUGGAGUAGGCUACAUAGGACGCCCCCAAAUUUUCCUUCUCCCUCAGCCAUGAAUCCUUCCUCGUGGGGUGGUUUGAAAGCAGAAGCUGAAAGAGAUCGUCUGCAGAGGCGGGAAGAGCAAGAAAGAGAGAAGGAAAAAGAUAAACAAAAGAAGGCUGAAAUAGAAAAGAGAGAAAAAGAAGCAGAAAAAUCAAAAGAAAUCGCAAGAGAAAGCAAAAGGGAGCACGAGAAGCAAAAAGAAAGGGAUCGUGAGAACAGAAAUAACCACAUAGCCAACAACAAUGAAGCGGUCAGAAACGGAGAAAUGGCCGAAAGGAAUCGUGACAGAGAAUGGGAAAGGAGCAGAGAGAGGAGAGAUUCAUCAAGGUCCCCCAUACGUUCAACGCACAAAUCUGAAGGGGCCUUCGAUGGCAAUACCUCGACACACAAAUCAGACAUUAAAGUGAAAGAAGAGAAAAAGGAGGACGAACACAACAAGGAAUCAGCUACAGCUGUGAGUGGUUGUUCAGAGCGCGAAAGGACAAAACCUAGUGAGACGUCAACACACCAGGAGCCUGUUUGCGAUUACAUGUCUCGAGGCAUGCUUCCUGGACUUCCUACCGGCCUCAGUUCUUCGGAACAAGCUCGACUCGCUGGAUCUCUGGGUGCCAUGUCUCAAGUUCCGCCUCCUCACUUUUGGAAUCCCCUUCCGCCGCCUCCACCUCAAUCAGCCACUUCUGCAAGUGAGCGCUACCGUAGCUUGGAGUUGCAACACGCUCGUGAUCUGGACCGGGAGCAGUUGAUGCAGAAGUAUGCCUCUUUAUCGUCUGUGAUGCCACUGAUGCCAGAACGCUACAGGGAAGUUGAAUUAGCCAGGCAGCUAUCUUCCUCUGAAGCGACUGCUCGGGAAAUCGAACGGCAACUCCAAGCCGACAGAGACAGGCAAGCGUACGAGCGCACAAAGCUACCACCACCGCUGAGACCUAAUGACUCGCCUUUCGUACCACCAGCAGGUCUUCCUCCAGCUGGUGGACUCUUUUCUUCGCUAUCUAACCCUUUCCUGAACAAUCUGUGUGGUACUAACUAUCCUCCCAGGACCAAACCAGGAUCGCCAGGUGGUAUCGGUAACGGUAUUCCCCCACCUCUAAUUCCCUGCGUCAGUCAAGGAGGCAGCCCGGUUACAACCAGUACCACACCAUCACCCUUGCAUAUAAAACUUGCUUCUUCAUCUAACUCAACUGCAGAAACUACUAGAGAGCAUUAUGCUUCUAAAGAAAGGCGGGAUAUGACCAGCCAUUCUUCCGAAGUUGAAUCCCAAUCAAGAUAACAACAGUGAAUGCAUUUUGUAGCAAUUAGGCCGUUACUUAUUUACAGUAUUAGUAAAUAUUCGACAACAAAUGAAAUGUCUCAGGCAUCAUAUGAAUCAUCAAAAGAAUUAUCAUCGGUCUCAAAAAAAGAAUCAAAAUGGCUAAAAUCAUGACUUCAAGUUAAUUAUAAAAUGCAAAAUAGUAUGCUAUUCAUUUGAAUUACGUAGCAACUUAAGCUAUUCUGUAUCUAUUAAAGAGUUAUUCUACGAAUCGUUCAAGUUUUAUAAAAUUGAAUAUUUAGAAAUAGCUAACCUGAGGUAUCUCAUUUCACGUCUUGUUGCACAGCACUUAACAUAGAAAUUGUUAAAGAAUUCAGUCUACUGUUGUUGAUUCCCAUAACCACGUGCUUUUCCAAAGCAUUCAUAAUAUGAAUUUCCUUGCAGCAUUGAAAAACUAGGCAAUACAUUUCGUACCGUCUUUUCAAUUUCAUAUUACGCUUGUACAGUGGAAGUUUUUUGCUUGCACAUAUCAGUUGAUACUGCAUCUUGUGAUGGGACUCUUUCAUUUGUUCAUACAUCCCCGUUGAGCGACGCAGACUCUCAUAAAAUGCAACUUACAAAAAAGUUGUG